UUCUCUUUCUCCCCUUACUUUCUCUCUCUUCAAUUGUGUAUCUGUUCUGUUCUGAGGAUUCUCUCUCUUCCAUUCAUUCAUCAGCAUCCCUUUAAAUAGUUUCUCUAUUCAAAACCAUAUCUUCCAUCCAAAAAUAUUAUCUUUUAAAGGAUAUUCAGGCCGUGCUUCUCGCCCUUCUUUCUUCCUCACACAAAAAAUCUUCUUUUUUCUGAUUUUUUUGGCAUAACCCUGAAAUCUAGAGACCCGCCGCAAAAAAAAAUCCAUACCCAGAAUUUUCUCCCUGAAAAAUCUUGUGGGGUUUAUCUGUUUUAUGUAGUUGUUGUUCUCUUUGAUUCCACCUUCACAGACUGAACUUUUUUUUUUUAUACUAAAAUAUUAAAAAUAUAAAUAUAUAAAACUGUAUUUCUUGGGUGUUUUGGAGGAUCUUCUGUGUUUUGUCUGUUCAGUGAAUUGUGUUAAAGGGAUUUUGAGGAUUUUAAUUGAAGUUGAAAAAGCUGAGAGAUUCUAGUUUAAGUACUGUUGGCAUGGCUGCUCAAUUGCAAAAGUCUGCAGAUGACAUGAGGAAGAAGCUUCAUGGUGAUUCUCCAGGGGCUGAACUCAAUAAUUCCAAUACGGUUCCCUCGAAGGGUGCAAGUUCCCCAUCUGAUGCAAGAUCAUGUGUAUCAUCGAUAGGAGAUGCUUCAGGUAGCGUCAAGGAUGUUGAUGUUGAUCAUGAGUACUUGUCCACAGAUCAGGGUGUUCCUUAUUCUGCUGGUGGCUAUUAUGGCUACUACUAUCCAGGUUAUGGUGGUUUCUUUGGAGAGUCUGACAACCAAGGGUACUAUGUUGGUGCAGAUGCCAUGGAUCUUCAAUACCCUGUCAUGCAAGCAGAUAAUGGAUCUUAUGUCUAUCUCGUGCCAGGAUUUCAGACUGGCUACCCUUCAUACUUUCCUAUGGGUACAGCUGGUGUUGAAGGACAGUAUAAUGUCUACCACCCUGGAUCCAUCUUUCAACACCCAAUUGGAUCACCUGGUUAUUUACCAGCCUCUCUAUCCUAUGGAGAAUUACCACCAUCAACAUACUCAUGGGAUUCUUCCCUGACCACACAAGAUGGGUUUCUAGGACAUGGUUAUAAUGAUCUGGCUGGUAAACCAAACGGUAGAUCUAAUAUUUCUUCCCAGAGUCAUUCUGGUGGUGCUGUAUCAAAGUCUUCACCCUCAUCUAACUCGGCAGAAGUGAAGGGUUCAACACCAUUAUUGGAGGUCACAUCAACUCAUGUUAAGAGAAACCAGCCAAAACAAACAAACAAAGCACCAGUUUCAGUCCUCCAUUCACCUGUUGCCAAGUUUCCCACAUACAAUCAAGGAAAGAGUGGAUUCCUCUAUCCAAACAACUUGCUUAGUGUGAAAACCAAUACAAAGGGCUGGGUUAGUACUGAUAAAUUGAAAAACAGAAACAAGGUCAAUGAUUCACUUAAUGAGCAGAAUCAAGGUCCUAGAACAGCUAAUGCAAAAGGUGCAUUAGUGUCUGGAGGUAACUCUGUGAGAAACUUGGUCCUAGGUGGGAGUGGAAAUGUUAGCAGUAAAAUUAGGACAGAUCAAUACAACCUUCCUGAUUUUCCAACCAAAUACGACCAUGCACUUUUCUUUGUCAUCAAAUCAUACAGUGAAGAUGAUAUCCACAAGAGCAUCAAAUACAACGUUUGGGCAAGUACUCCUAAUGGGAACAAGAGGCUGGAUGGUGCAUAUCAGGAUGCACAGAAGAGAAUGGAAGAGAAAGGAUGCAAGUGCCCUGUGUUCCUUUUCUUUUCGGUCAAUGCUAGUGGUCAAUUUUGUGGAGUAGCUGAGAUGACUGGUCGGGUUGAUUUCAACAAAAGUAUGGAUUUCUGGCAACAAGAUAAAUGGAAUGGAUACUUUCCUGUGAAAUGGCACAUUAUAAAGGAUGUUCCAAAUCCUCAACUACGGCACAUAAUACUUGAGAAUAAUGAUCACAAGCCCGUCACAAAUAGUAGAGACACACAAGAGGUGAGUUUUCCCCAAGGUGUUGAAAUUCUCAACAUUUUCAAGAACUAUGUGGCAAGAACUUCCAUAUUGGAUGACUUUGAGUUUUACGAAAGCCGCCAGAAGGUCUUGCAGGAGAAGAAAACAAGGCAAUCUAUUCCCCAUACCAGUAUACAGCAUAUAGAUGAAUUAACCACAUCACUAGGGUCAGUAGAGCUAUCAUCAUCAUCAUCUGUGAAGAACAUGGAGGAUCCUAAGGUGGUUGAGAAAGUGAAGGACUGAAGAACACGUAGGCUGAUACUGUUCCUGGGGACCUGCCAUAUCAGCAUGGUGCAUUCUGGCACUGCCACGUGGGCUAUAGAGUAAGAAAAGCUAAUGAAUUCAAAUUUGAAGUACUAAACAAAAAAAGUUCUUGCUGAUGAUGCUUUAGAAAAGGAAAAAAAAAAAAGAAAAAAGAAAAGAAAAUAAAUUUUGUCGGGGAAAAUGGUGACUGCAUUCCUAAUUGUACAAAACUACAAAGGAAGAAAGUCUUGGAAGAUGAUGGACCCGGUGAUAUAGCUGUUACAUAGUGCUUUGAAAAGCACUUCUCAUUUACUCUUUUUAUCUUUGUUUGCACAUAAUAAGCUCAGUUUGGUUCUUCUUUGUUCUUGGUAUUUUCACAUUUUAUUCCUUGCAGUUGUAGUUACCGAUUUUAAUAACAUAACAAAUGCCACGAUUGGGACA